CCCCCACACAGUCACUACAUUCACUGCGUGUUUUUUUCAUCCAAAUAUCUAGGGUUUCAUAAACAAAAACACUCGAUUUUGUUAUUAAAAUGGCCGGAAAAGGCGAAGGGCCGGCGAUCGGGAUCGAUCUCGGGACGACGUACUCUUGCGUCGGCGUUUGGCAGCACGACAGAGUGGAGAUCAUCGCUAAUGACCAGGGCAACAGAACGACGCCGUCUUAUGUGGCGUUUACUGACACCGAGCGGCUGAUUGGCGAUGCUGCCAAGAAUCAAGUCGCGAUGAACCCUACCAACACCGUGUUUGAUGCUAAAAGACUGAUUGGAAGGAGGAUUAGCGAUGCUUCUGUGCAGAGUGAUAUGAAGUUAUGGCCUUUUAAGGUCAUUGCUGGACCGGCUGAAAAGCCAAUGAUUGUUGUCAAUUACAAAGGGGAGGAGAAACAGUUUGCAGCUGAGGAGAUCUCUUCAAUGGUUCUUACCAAGAUGAGAGAGAUUGCCGAGGCUUUCUUAGGCUCAACUGUAAAGAAUGCUGUUGUUACAGUUCCUGCCUAUUUCAAUGAUUCUCAGAGGCAGGCAACAAAGGAUGCUGGUGUGAUUUCGGGCCUUAAUGUAAUGCGAAUUAUCAAUGAGCCCACUGCAGCAGCAAUUGCAUAUGGUCUUGACAAGAAGGCUUCAAGUGUAGGCGAGAAGAAUGUACUCAUCUUUGAUUUGGGUGGUGGCACUUUUGAUGUGUCACUUCUUACAAUUGAAGAGGGUAUUUUUGAGGUCAAGUCCACUGCUGGUGACACGCAUCUGGGAGGUGAAGACUUUGAUAACAGGAUGGUGAAUCAUUUUGUACAAGAGUUUAAGAGGAAGAAUAAGAAGGAUAUUAGUGGGAGUGCCAGGGCGUUGAGGAGGCUGAGGACUGCUUGUGAGAGGGCAAAGAGGACUCUUUCUUCAACUGCUCAGACAACAAUUGAAAUUGAUUCUUUGUUUGAAGGUAUUGACUUCUACACAACCAUUACAAGGGCAAGAUUUGAAGAGCUCAACAUGGAUCUUUUCAGAAAGUGUAUGGAGCCUGUUGAGAAGUGUUUGAGAGACGCAAAGAUGGACAAAAGCACUGUCCAUGAUGUGGUGCUCGUUGGUGGUUCUACAAGGAUCCCCAAGGUGCAGCAGUUGUUGCAGGACUUUUUCAAUGGGAAGGAGUUGUGCAAGAGUAUUAACCCUGAUGAAGCCGUCGCUUACGGUGCAGCUGUUCAGGCGGCAAUUCUCAGUGGCGAAGGCAAUGAGAAGGUUCAGGACUUGCUGUUGUUGGAUGUAACUCCACUUUCCCUUGGGUUGGAAACUGCUGGAGGGGUGAUGACUGUCUUGAUUCCAAGAAAUACAACAAUCCCGACCAAGAAGGAACAGGUGUUCUCAACUUAUUCUGAUAAUCAACCUGGUGUGCUGAUUCAAGUUUUUGAGGGUGAAAGAACCCGAACAAGAGAUAACAAUCUUUUGGGCAAGUUUGAGCUCUCUGGAAUCCCUCCUGCUCCAAGGGGUGUUCCCCAGAUCACUGUCUGCUUUGACAUUGAUGCCAAUGGUAUCUUGAAUGUAUCGGCUGAGGACAAAACUACUGGGCAGAAGAAUAAGAUUACUAUUACCAAUGACAAGGGAAGGCUGUCUAAAGAAGAGAUUGAAAAGAUGGUGCAAGAAGCAGAGAGGUACAAAUCUGAGGAUGAGGAGCAUAAGAAAAAGAUCGAGGCUAAGAAUUCUUUGGAAAACUAUGCCUACAACAUGAGGAAUACAAUUAAGGACGAGAGCAUAAGCUCCAAAAUUCCUGCAGCAGACAAGAAGAAGAUCGAGGAUGCAGUUGAGGAGGCCAUCCAGUGGCUUGAUGGGAACCAGCUAGGUGAGGUCGAUGAAUUUGAGGACAAGUUGAAGGAGCUGGAGGGUAUCUGUAACCCUAUCAUUGCCAAGAUGUACCAGGAAAAUGGCGGCGGCAUGGGUGGUGCAAUGGAUGAAGAUGGUCCUUCUGUUGGUGGUGGAAGCGGUUCUGGUGCAGGGCCGAAGAUUGAGGAAGUCGAUUAAUUUGGUUGUUAAAUUAAUAUUGGGGUUUUUGCUUGUUAUGUUAUCUGCUUUGUUUUAGUGAUAGUCCUGGAACUAUGCUUUUGAGAUGUUGGAUGUUGCUCCCGAGUUUGGAAGGGAACAUGGUUUAUUAAUUUCUACCGUUUUAGUUGUUAAAAUAAUGUUUUCUUGUUC